AUGACAACACCAAACAAACCUCGCCUAGUCAUCAUCGGCUCUGGAUGGGCAGGAUUCUACCUGGCCGAGAACAUCGAUCUCAAUGCCUACUCCAUCACCCUGAUCUCUCCACGUCGCACAUCGGCAUACACGCCGCUCCUGGCUUCUGCGGCGGUAGGCCUGUUCAACUUCUACCUGGCGGAAGAACCGGUCCGCAGCAAAUCGCGACGCGCACUGCGGUUCAUCAAGGCCAAUGUGCUCGACAUCAAUUUCCAGGCAAAGACCUGUCGCUGUGCACCUGCCUUUGACGAAGAUCCGCAACUCGCCAACGAGGAAUUCGACGUCGAGUAUGACUAUCUGCUGAUGGCGCCUGGGUGCAUGCCCAACACGUUCGGCACGCCGGGGGUGUCUGAGAACGCCAUCUUCAUCAAGAACGUCUCGGACGCGAUGAAAGUGCGCAAGACGCUCUUUGAUUUGCUGGAGAAGGCGUCGCUUCCCAAUGUCACCCCCGAACGUGCACGCGAGUUCCUCCACAUCGCCAUCGUCGGCGGCGGUCCCACGGGCAUCGAGCUCACGGCCGAAUUGGACGACCUGUGUCAAGACGAGCUGCGGCACACCUACCCGCUCGUGGCGCAGUACGUGAGCAUCUCCGUCUACGACGUGGCGCCGCACAUUCUGAGCGCGUACGACAACAAACUGCACGAGUACGCCGCCAGGCAGCUGGAACGACGCCACAUCGACGUGGCGCCCAACACCAAGAUCGAAAGGGUCGACGAGCACGCGCUGUACAUCAAGGACAAAGGCCGAGUGCCCUACGGGAUGCUGAUCUGGGCCACGGGCAACAAGCACGUGCCGCUGCUGGACAAGAUCGACGUCAAACUGUCCCAGCGAGGUCUCAAGCGCAUCCUGACGGACGACCACUUGCGAGUCUUCAAGAGCGGAGAAACCGGGCAAGUCCACGACGGCGUCUUCGCCCUGGGCGACGCAGCCGACAUCGAAGGCGCCUCCCUACCAACCACCGCCGAAGUCGCGGUACAAAAGGCGCGGUACCUCGUGCAGAACUUUACCCUGCUGGCCAAAUCCUCCCUCUCACAGUCGACCUCCUCCUCCUCCUCCGUGGCAAGCGACGCAUUCACCAAACCCUUCACAUACUCCCAGAAACAGCUCGUCUCGUACAUUGGCGCGCACGACGGCGUCAUCGCCGGCAAGGGUCCCAAUCACCAGGGCUGGACGGGCAGAUCCGCCUGGCUGGCCUGGCGCAGCGGCAGUCUGAUGUGGAACCGCAGCUGGCGCAGCCGCAUCGUCAUUGUCUUCACGUGGAUUCUGAACCGCGUGUGGGGGAAGGAGAUUGCGAAGAUGUAA